AUGUACUGGGGAAAUCAUGUUAGAAUUCUUUUCACUGUGACUCUGGUCUGGCAGGCUGUUCAUUUAGGAAAAGGCCGUGAAAAAGAAGAACAUGAAGAUGUGAAAAGUCUCAAUGCCACAGCACAAAAGCAACAGCCCAAGAACGAAGGGACUAUUAUAAAUGCCCUCAGUGACAUGAAUCAGAGUUAUGAAAGCAGAAAGCAACAAAAUUCCAGGGCAUUGGUACCUUUCACUGGGAUUACAGAGAGUAAAAAACUGAACAGACACUGCUGCCAAAACGGAGGGACCUGUAUCCUAGGGGCUUUCUGUGCCUGUCUAAAGCAUUUCACUGGCAGAUACUGUGAACACGAUGAGCGCAACUGCGGCAGCAUUGCCCAUGGCGCCUGGGUGCUGAAGGGCUGUUGGCUGUGUCGGUGCGGCUAUGGUACUCUGAACUGUCUCUCAGAAAUAAUGCACGAUAACUGUGAACUGAAAUCAGAAAAGGAGGAAAUUACAAGACUAUAUUCUAAUGGGCUAAGAUUACAGCAAACAGUGUUUGCUCUCACUUGCCUGCUCACCAUCCUCCUGGAGCUCUGCUGUUGGCAGUUGUGA